AUGGAGAUCGACGGUCAACCCUCCAAGAGACGGCGACGCAGUCGCAAAGUUCAGUCUGACCGCAAGUUUGAAUGCACAUUUGAAGGCUGCGGGAAGAGCUAUUCUCGCGCUGAACACCUGAGUCGCCAUGCGCUCAACCAUACCCCGAAACAAAUCUAUCGCUGCGACUUUCCCAACUGUUACCGAUCCUUCGUGCGACAGGACCUCUGCACGCGCCAUCGUGAACGUCACACCACCAGCGGUUCCCAGCUCCAGAAACGAGAUCAUUUCACUGAAAAUGGAACGAAAGACUCCCCGCCCUCUUCGCCUGCUAUCACCGCGCCGGAAUACUUUGUUGGCUCGGAGGAGCCCAAACCCCCGGUGACAACAUACCCCCUCACCACCGGUGUGGAUAGCAAUGAGAUACCAGUGGACCAAUACUCGGAUUUCCCAGCGGUGCUGGACCAGCCUGAUAAUCUUAUCGACCUCGACUCCAUGUCCUACCCGAUCUUUGGCGGGGAAACCUAUAACCGAUCACCAUUCGCCAUGGCAGACGAUUUUGCAGCGUGGUUAUUCAGCGAGCCAGUCGCGCCAUUGGGCUAUGGAAUGGUACCACUUGUUCAGAAUCAGUUCUACAUGAACGAGCCUGCAUAUAGCAACCACAAUUUUUGCUCAGUGAUUCCACAGCAUCCGAUGAGCGUGACGAGUAUUCUGGACUCGGGAGCACCACCUGCUGUGAUCUCAGAAGCAAAGCGCCAGGAGCUGCUGCACUUAAUGUCGACGCGAUUUAAUGAAUCGGCGUAUGCGGCAGGUGCUAAACGCAAGGAUGCAUUAAUGGACGGGGAUUUAAAUGACGACCGACAUGCCUUGAGCUUGCGCAUGAUGCAGACGUACAUUGGAUCCUAUUGGUAUCACUUCCAUGCACAACUUCCAAUAUUGCAUCAGCCGACAUUUAGCGCUGAUCGUAUCCCGAAUCUAUUACUACUAGCGAUUAUGGCGAUUGGCGCGGCAACACUGGAUAAGAUUCAUGGGCAGUCUGCCACCGAGGCAGCGGCUGAAUUGGCUAGCUUCAUUGCCUGGCAUUUGCGCUGGGAAAUCUUUAUGGACGCGGACUUUCGGCCGCCAGCUAGGCUUUGGGUGUUCCAGUCUCUAUUAUUGCUUGAAGUUUAUGAGAAGCUCUUUUCCACACGCGCAUUACAUGAACGCGCUCAUAUCCACCACGACACAACACUCACGCUUAUGCGCCGAGGUAGUUCACUCAUCGGUAGUUCUUCAUUUGCCACCCCGGAAAGCAAAGAAGAAGACGAGUCAUGGUCAACCUGGAUCAAAACCGAAGCGACUCGGCGCGUGGCAUUCGCCGCCUUUGUGUUGGACUCAACGCAUGCCACUAUGUUCGGUCACUCGGCCAAAAUGGUGGCCCACGAACUGCGGCUGCCGUUGCCCUGUGAUGAGGCGCUGUGGGCUGCGACAAGCGCCGCCGAGGUCGCUCGCGUGCAGUCCAGUCUGCAGUCGCACGGUGUGCGGCCAAUUAUGUUCCUCGACGGCCUGAAGCGCACACUCAAUGGCCAGCCCGUCCGGACAAACGCGUUUGGGCGAAUUAUUAUCAUGUCGGGCUUACUGAGUGUCUGCUGGCAUCUAAACCAGCGAGACCUGCAGAUUAGCUCACUCGGUGUGGGCCAGACUCUCGGCGGACGAGAAAAGUGGCGGACAGCACUUCUCCGGGCAUUCGAUAACUGGCGCCGCGACUUUGACGAAGCCCUAGGCCCAUCUACUACAUCUGAGUCGCGCAACGUGCUGCAUGGGCUGGCUCAUAUGGGUUCCCAUGUUGAUAUAGCCGAUUUGCAGAUCUUCGCAGGCGCGGGCCGGUUAAUGGGCCGGUCAAUCACAGCGCGUGACUACUCCGCUGCACGAGAAAAGACUGAGAAAUGGGCGACCAAGGCUUCGGCGCGGGAUGCCACGUUCUACGCGCUCAAGUUCCUAUCUGCGUGUUUCUUAGAUCCGGCCACACAGCCCGGUGAGUAUGCUGCGCGUGAUGACUACUUGUUAAACCGGCCGUGGGUUAUGUACUUCGCAGCACUGGUGGUAUGGACCUAUGGGUUUGCGCUGGAUGGACCCUUGCGUCCUCCCCCUAUUCUCCUGACUGUGGCCGACCGAGAGCGCGACAUGCAGGGGUUUUUGCAUCGUAUGGGCGAAAUCCAGGAACCCAACGAAUUGGAGGCUAUGAGUGAGCGCAAUGGGUGUCUCGGUCUGCUAAUGAUUCUCCGAGACUCCUUUGCCAAACCGCGGUGGGAGUUGUUGGGAGAGGCGGCGCGGCUGCUGGACAGCUGCAUUGCCUCUACAAACUACAAGGAAGCGUUCUCGCUCUUCGAUCGCCGUGGCACUGGCCGUGUUUCUGGUGACCUCCUCGGUGACUUGCUCCGCGCUUGCGGUCAGAACCCUACGCUGGCCGAGAUUGGUGACUUGGAGAAGUCUGUCGGUGGUGACUUUGACUUCGACUCCUUCCUGAAAGUCCUCAACCGCCCCGGUGGUUUCCGUGAGCCUGGCGAGCCGGAGGAGUACUGUCGUGGAUUCCAGGUCUUUGAUAAGGAUAUGACCGGGUUUAUUGGCGUCGGACAGCUGCGUUACAUUCUCACGAACCUUGGCGAGAAGAUGUCUGACGAUGAAGUCGACGAGCUGCUUAAGGCUGUUGACACUAGCUCCGGCGAGAUUAACUACACGGAUCUUGUCCGUACUAUCCUCGCCAACUGA